CGCGCGUCGGUUCCGGCUUUUGAUUGGAUAACGCGAGUCCAGUCUGUGCGGCUAUUGGUGGACCGCGUUGUCAAUCGACUAGGCGGCCCCGCCUUUAGGGGGCGCAUGUUUGUGUGUGCAAUUGAAAUGCAGUGUCGGGAAUGUCCUUCUCCAGCAGUCCUUUGGGAUGAGCAGAAAUAAAUGAAAAGCAAUGAACCCGGGAUGCAGACAAGUUGAUCCGCGAUCAGACGCCCCCCUGUGAUAUUAGAAAAAGGCCAAAGCUAGCACUUUCACUGACCUGAGGUCUGCUUGAAGGCAGAAUUGUUGCCUGACCUAGAAUCUGGGAGCCGAGCUGGGGUUGUGACGGCUCUUAAGAAGGGGUGGAGCAAAGAUGUCAAUCAGGCAUACGGAGGGCGUGUCCAUCAUGAAGGCUUUAGCCAUGACUGUGGCUGAGAUACCUGUGUUCCUGUACUCCACCUUUGGGCAGUCUAUUUUCUCACAGCUACGGCUAAACCCGAGCCUGAAGAAGGUCCUGUUCGCGACAGCGCUUGGUUCGGUGGCCUUGGCGCUCACAGCGCACCACUUGAAGAGACGCAGCCGGAAGAGGAAGCAGGUAGCGGAGAAGACGGCCCCGAAGACUGUCGGCAUUCCGGAUCAACUGCUCCGCUCAGCAAGGCCCACAUCACUUAAGAGAGGUCCAUUUCCUGGCCGACAGAUGGUGAGCCCGAGUACACGUAGUAACGACACCAUGAGUGGAAUCUCCUCACUUGCAGCAAGCAAACACUCGAGUUCUUCGCACACUUCAGCACGACUCCCUCUAUCUCCCAACCAAUCAGCUGCUGUAGCCACCCCGUGGGAGGCGGAGCCUGUGGCAGAGGAGUCAGGGGCGAUAGAAGAUUCAAAUGUGGAGAACUUAUACCUUAUGGGCAUGGAGCUGUUUGAGGAAGCGCUGCAGAAGUGGGAGCAAGCACUGAACAUCAGACACCAGAAUCAGUCCAACUCCUCUGCUGCCAACAGUCUCACCCGACAGGAGGCGGCACUCACUCCAGAAACUCGUAAUCGAAAAUUCGCUGAAAAGCUGGAGUCCCUUCUGCACCGGGCUUAUCAUCUGCAGGAAGACUUCGGCAGCACAAUACCAGCAGAUAGCCUACUAGCUGACCUUGAGAGUGAAGGCACUUUAAUUUUACCUAUUGUGGAAAGCUCCCAUGGGCUCGGGGAUGACGACACUGCUACCAUCACGUCAGACGAUUCCUUUUUCUCUGCAGCUGAGCUGUUCGACACGUUCACCCACGAUGAGGUGUAUCAGCCGCUAAAGCCUGCAGCUCUGUAUGAAGAAGCGCUGAGUCUAGUGAGAGAAGAAGUACAAUGCAGAUCACUCAGAUCAGAGUUACUGGAGUGUUACAGUGAUCAGGACUUCCUGGCUAAGCUGCACUGCAUCCGACAGGCUUUCCACGUGUUACUGCUGGAUCAGACUCACAAGACUUUCUUCAUGGAAACAGGCAAACAGAUGAUCAGUGGACUCAUGAUCAAAGCCAACAAGAGUCCAAAGGCUUUUUUGGAGAGUUAUCAGGACAUGCUGCUGUACACUCAACGAGAGGAGACAUGGCAAACUACCAAGAUGGAACUAGAGGGACGAGGGGUGGUGUGUAUGAACUUCUUCGACAUUGUGCUGGACUUCAUCCUGAUGGAUGCGUUCGAGGACCUGGAGAACCCUCCCACCUCCGUGGUCGCAGUCUUGAGGAACCGAUGGCUCUCGGACAGCUUUAAAGAGACGGCUUUAGCUACAGCAUGUUGGUCAGUGCUGAAAGCCAAAAGAAGGUUACUGAUGGUUCCAGAUGGGUUUAUAUCCCAUUUCUACGCCAUCUCUGAACACGUGAGUCCGGUUCUGGCGUUCGGUUUCCUGGGUCCCAGACAGCACCUGACUGAAGUGUGCACUAUUUUCAAACAACAAAUUGUGCAGUACCUGAAAGACAUGUUUGACCACGACAAAGUGCGCUUCACGUCAACUCAGUCGCUGGCCGAGGACAUUUUGAGUUUGUCUCACAGGCGCACAGACAUCCUGCUAGGCUACCUGGGCAUCGACAGUCUGCCUGAAUCGAACGGUGCACUUCCCGCUAGCGCAGGCGAAGAGGAUUGAUGAUGCUACACGUGGACAUUUCUGUAAGAGAAUUGUAUUGGAACUGCUUUAAUUUUUAGAUCCAGAGGCACAUCUCUGUUCAUUACCUUCAGCAGACUGAAAUGUAAAUAUACUCAUCAGGGCCGAGUAUAAUCAAAAGCUGGUGCAAUUUCGAAACCCGGUUUGGAUUUGUAUGGCUGGAAACUAGGAUUCCUGAAAUAGCAGCUGCUGCAUCUGUUACUGUUAAUUAGAUUGAAAUGGAUUAAGUCUCUAUGUUGUAACCAGGCAAGACUGAAGAUUGAAGUUUCCAGAGCAGACGACUGACAAAAUCUAUACGUGAUGUGCAGCUCUACAACAUUUCUCUCUCUCUCUCUCUCUCUCUCUCUCUCUCUCUCUCUCUCUCUCUCUCUAUCUAUGUAUUUAUCAUAUAUGUAUGUGUGUAUAGAUAGAUAGAUAGAUAGAUAGAUAGAUAGAUAUAGAUAUGUAUGUAUAAUUGAAAACCUUACAAUAAUGUUGUAUGUAGUAUGUCAUAUUCCAUUUAAAGUUCCAGACGUUGAGUUUCAGUGGAAACGCCAUCUUGCCUCACCUUCAGUGGGCAAAACAGUAAUUAAGAAUUUUUGAGUUUAGAUUUUUUUGGUCAGGAAUAUUUUUUUCUCGUGACAAGACAAGAUGUAUUAACUGAACAAUAUAAGACUCAGAUGCUGAGUCGGGAUCUAAUCUUCAUUCGUCUCUAAGAUCACAGAGUAGCUCAGGUGUUGGUUGGACAUGGUAUGGUUUGGACAUGUGAGAAUCGGUGCUUUAUUUUCUAAGCCGAAUUACAUCCCACAACCACUGAAGAAGAACAAGAUGAGCGCAGAUCCCAAAAUAGCAUUAAGAUAAACAGUCGGGUUGUGUUCACUGCUAGGUUUCUGUUUCCGUCUGUCUUUAAAACGUCCUUGUACAUAAUUAUGCCGUCUGUCAGUUCAUAUUUUAGCGUAUGCAUAAUGGUUAUAUGUGUCACCAAAUGAUAUGAAAGAGUAAAGGUAUGACUGCAGUCCUUUAAGUCAGAGAAACAUUGUGGUCUUGCCAGAUCAGGAUCUUCAGCAGGUGGUGAUUGUCUGUCCAACAUUGGAUUUAUUUUAUUUCCUGUAAUUGUGACACUCGAGCAGGUUAAUAUUACCGUUCAGGGCAGUAUAUGGUUUAUUGGUAACGUAUAGCUUUGUACUGUGAAGGAACUUCAGAUCACAAUAAGAAGUCAAAUAUAGUCAUGCUUCAGAUGGUGUGCUCUUCUAGUUCCAUGGGUUUUUUUUUUUUUAAUAUAUAACCACUGUAGGAUUUAGAAUACACAUCCUGUGAUUUCCAGUUCUGUUUUAAUGUUGGCCUUAUCAAUUAAUUUUUUAAAGAUUCAUAACAUAUGUAUUAUAUUGCACAAAUGAAGUUUACACUGGGAAUAUUUUUUCCUGCUGUAACGGUUUCACUAAUUCUUCCCUUUCCUAAAGAGCGCAUUCUAAAGAGUUGAGAUCAAACUAGCAAAAAUGAAUUAACGGAGCUAAUUGCAGGUUGAGGUGUCCGCCGCGUGAGGCUGAAGUCGACGUGCCAAUCCCAUUGUUUGCCUAACGAAUUGUAGCCAAGCUGAAAAUAUGAUGGAAAGGAGCUAUAGAUAGAAAUUAUGGGCUGUUCCAGAGAAAACAGAGGUGGACAGUGUUGUGGUACAAACCACACUGGAACCCUGCAGUUAUGUUUUAUUUUUAGCAAACUUUCUAGUCGCUCGUGUCAUCCCAAAAUAUUAACAGAUAUUUUAAGCAAAUCCUACUUGUGUAUAAGCUCUCAUCAUGAACGCUUAAGUCAUAUUCCCUACAAAAUUAACACAAUAUUAGGAUUAUUUUUGUAUAAGCGUUCAGACCUAGCUAAACUCAUUACAAAAAAGAAUCUUGUAAUUUGAUUUGAGUCUUAACGAUGGAAAACUAUAGACAUGCAUUUUUUUUUUCUUUUUUUUCUUCUUUUAUGUGAAAUGUAUGGCAUCUGAUAACUUUUCUUAUGUUUACAAUUCGUCUCAUUUAAGUCAUUAAUCACAUGCAUCGGCCUUCAUUUGCUGGUUUUUCUUUUGCACGUUAUUGUAAAAAACAAAACAAAAAAAAACAAAAAAAACGCUGAAUCAGUCAUUAAAUGUUUCUCUCUAUUUUUUUAAAUAGAAAAUCGUAAAUCGGCAAAUGGAUUGUCCCUAAAUAGCUGCUCGUAUUGUCGUAAUUUUCUUAAAAAGUGUGCAGUUGAUCAGCCUUUACACGUAAAUGAAGAGAUUUCUAGUUUAUUUGAUUUAUACAGUUCGUACAAACCUGUUACAUGAUCCACAUUUGAAGCCUGAGGGUUUACAUUGGAUUACAGUACAUCAUUUGUGCUUUCUAUAUGACUCGAGACAUUACACAAAGAGAUUCACUUUUUCUGCUAUUGCACUGAAUAUAAUCCACGCUUAAAUACGGUAGUACUGAAACACGGUUCACUUUAUCCUCGUUUCUCAACCAGAACUGAAUUGGUUUACCCCAAAAUAAAAUACUGUGGCAUAGAAGAAUCAUAAACAUAUUGAUAUCUGAUUACGGAAUAAUCUGACGAGUCAAGUUUUGCAUUUGGAUUUUAUAUCCGAUUGAUCAAAACGCCAGCUUCAUCGUGUAAAAAAAUAAAAAAUAAAAUAAAAUAAAAGCC